AUGAUGAAGGAAUUUGAUAUGUCAGACCUGGGUAAGAUGAGGUAUUUUCUUGGUAUUGAGGUAGUUCAGUUUGAUGGUGGUAUAUUCAUCAGUCAAACAAAGUAUGUGACAGAAGUGUUGAGAAGGUUUGGAAUAGAGAAUAGCAACUUCGUGGAAAAUCCAAUGGUUCCAGGAUUUAAAAUCUCCAAAGAUGAAAAUGGUGUUGAGAUGGAUGGCUCAUUUUUCAAGCAGCUGAUUGGAAGCUUGAUGUACUUGACUGCUACGAGGCCGGACAUAAUGUAUGCAGUUAGCUUAUUGAGCAGAUAUAUGUCAAGACCUACAGAAGUUCAUUAUUCAGCGGCGAAGAGAAUUCUACGCUACUUGCAAGGUACAACAAAGUUUGGUAUUCUUUACAAAAGGGAAGGAAAUUUGGAAUUGAUUGGCUUUACUGAUAGUGAUUAUGCUGGAUCAGUGGAGGAUAAAAGAAGUACUUCAGGUAAUGUUUUUAUGCUAAGUGGAGCUGCGGUAGCUUAG